UUUUCCUCCCCCCCCCCAUAGUGACCGGAGCGGAGAGGCUGCAGUUCAGCGAGUAAAUAACCGGGACAAAUCCGAAGAAAGCGGCUCCCGUUCGCGAUUAAAACUGUAAAACAGCAAAUAAAACGCCAGCAGCAAGCGGGGCGGCCCCGGGAGGAUCUGCAGCCAGGAUGCCGGUGAAGGAUUACCAAGCGGAGAAAGAGAAGUGCAGGAAGUUUCUUGAGGAGUUCUACAGCGAGGAUGAGUCUGGAAAGAAGUUCUUCAAGUACGGAGUCCAGCUGGCGCGGCUGGCUCGCAGGGAGCAGGUGUCUCUCGUUAUUGAUCUGGAUGACGUGGGGGAGGAGGACCCUGAGCUCGUGGACUCUAUCGUUGAGAACACGCGCCGCUACGCUGGUCUCAUCGCAGACGCAGUGCAGGAGCUGCUGCCCAACCUCCGGGGGGGGGAGACUGUCUCAAGGGAUGCCCUGGAUGUUUACAUUGAGCACCGGCUCCUGAUGGAGCAGAGGGGGGGGCACGAGCAGAGCGAGAGGGACCCCCGAAACCAGUACCCCCCCGAGCUCAUGAGGAGAUUCGAGGUAUACUUCAAGCCCCCCAGCUCCGCUAAGCCCCGGGUGGUCCGUGAUGUGAAGGCGGAGUGCAUUGGCAAGCUGGUGACGGUGCGCGGCAUCGUGACCCGCGCCACGGAGGUCAAGCCCAUGAUGGUCGUGGCGACGUACACCUGCGACCAGUGCGGAGCAGAGACGUACCAACCGAUCCAGUCUCCCACCUUCAUGCCUCUCAUCAUGUGCCCCAGUCAGGAGUGCGUCACCAACAAGUCCGGUGGCCGUCUCUACAUCCAGACCCGCGGCUCCAAAUUCAUCAAGUUCCAGGAGGUCAAGAUCCAGGAGCACAGUGAUCAGGUUCCGGUUGGUAACAUCCCGCGCAGCAUGUCCGUGUUCGUGCGCGGUGAGAACACGCGCCUCGCUCAGCCCGGCGAUCACGUGGCGAUUUCGGGGAUCUUCCUGCCGCUGCUGAGGACGGGGUUCAGGCAGGCCACGCAGGGUCUGCUGUCAGAGACGUACCUGGAGGCUCACAGGAUCAUCAUGAUGAACAAGAGUGAGGAUGACGAGCUGGGGAGCGAGGAGCUGAGCGAGGAAGAGCUGCGGCAAAUCACAGAGGAGGAUUUCUAUGAGAAGCUGGCCUCCUCGAUCGCCCCGGAGAUCUAUGGCCACGAGGACGUCAAGAAAGCCCUGCUUCUGCUGCUGGUGGGGGGCGUGGACCAGACCCCCAAGGGCAUGAAGAUACGAGGGAACAUCAACGUGUGUCUGAUGGGAGAUCCCGGGGUUGCCAAAUCCCAGCUUCUGUCCUACAUCGACCGGCUGGCUCCCAGGAGUCAGUACACGACUGGGCGUGGCUCGUCGGGGGUGGGUCUGACCGCGGCGGUGAUGCGGGACCCCCUCACGGGGGAGAUGACCCUGGAGGGAGGGGCGUUGGUUCUGGCGGAUCAGGGGGUCUGCUGUAUCGACGAGUUCGACAAGAUGAUGGAUUCGGACCGGACCGCCAUCCAUGAGGUGAUGGAGCAGCAGACCAUCUCCAUAGCCAAGGCGGGCAUCAUGACCUCUCUGAACGCUCGCUGCUCGAUCCUGGCCGCGGCGAAUCCCGCGUACGGACGCUACAACCCGCGCAAGAGCGUGGAGCAGAACAUCCAGCUGCCCGCCGCCCUGCUGUCCCGCUUCGACCUGCUGUGGCUCAUCCAGGACCGUCCCGACCGCGACAGCGACCUGCGCCUCGCCCAGCACAUCACAUACGUGCACCAGCACAACCACCAGCCCCCAUCCCGCCACCGUGCCCUGGACAUGAAGCUAAUGAGGCGCUACGUGGCUCUCUGUAAGCGACACCAGCCCGCUAUCCCAGAAUCCCUGUCCGAUUACAUCACAGCGGCCUACGUGGAGAUGAGGAAGGAGGCGCGCGUGAACAAGGACACCACCUUCACCUCCGCCAGGACCCUGCUGUCCAUCCUCAGACUGUCCACCGCGCUGGCUCGCCUGCGAUUGGUGGACACAGUGGAGAAGGAGGAUGUGAAUGAAGCUAUGCGGCUGAUGGAGAUGUCCAAGGACUCUCUGCAGGCUGACAAAUCGCACACCAGCAGGGCACAGCGGCCAGCCGACGUGAUCUUCUCCACGCUGCGGGAGAUGGCUCCUGGCGGUGGGGCGGGGGGACGCAGCGUGAAGCUGGCAGAGGCGGAGCAGCGCUGCGUGUCGAAGGGCUUCACUCCCGCGCAGAUCCACGACGCCAUCCAGGAGUACGAGGAGCUCAACGUGUGGCAGGUCAACCAGGCUCGCACCCGCAUCACCUUCGUGUAGAGCAGCCCACAGCCGGGUCUGUGCGCCGCUCGCCUCACCCUUUAUCUCGCUUUGCAUUGUACAGAUGAGGCUGGCGCUGGUUUUGUGGCUGGUGUAGCUGGACUCUCUUCUGUUGGGGUAACUGAGCAGGGGUGGCAAUCAGACUUCUGGUUGUGUAGCAGUUUCACCUCCAUUCCAGGUUUUCCUACCAGCUUGAUUAGCCUCACAGUGUGUUCAGGUAACAAGCUCAGCUGUGUGUGUUUUUAUUAAAGUCUAGUAAAACCCAGGAAUGGAUUGAAAUGAAGCGCAGCGGGAGUCUCAUUUCCAGCCCGGUUUGGUCUGGCUUUGGUUCUGAAUUGUUCAGCCCAAACCAGGCUUGUUUUCAUACUGGUGUAAAAACCGGACUGAGAUUAGUGACUGGGGCUGGGCUGGGUUAUAACAGUUUAUUGACCGGGCUUGUUUCAGUAUUGUAUAGACUGGGCUGUAUUCAUAUAGACCUGACAGUGAGUGUCCAACCUAGUUCUGUGUUUGGUUUGUUUUUGUUCGUAGCGACUGGGAGCAGCUUUGUCUCUGCAGAGCACACCUCAUUAAUACUGGAUCCCCUUCUAUUAGACAUUAGUACUGGAUCACCUUCUAUUAGACAUUAAUACUGGAACCGCAACAAGCAGCGGUGAUGAACACAAACCCUCACGCACCCCUCCGAAACGCAGCAGCGUGUGUGUGUGCGUGCGUGCCCGUGCUCGUGCGAGUCUGUGUUUUUAUAUUUCCUGGUUUCUUGUCAACCUGCUUUUUCAAGCUUCUGUUAGUUGUUGUUUUCUCAUGUUGCUCAAUUCUGUGCAUUUUAUAUAAUGUCAAUAAAUAAAAAUGAAUAAAUAAUGUG